AUGUUGUCCUCGAUCAAGUCCCUCACCUCGUUCUUCCUGCUCUCCCUCCUCGCCAGCCCGUCCUCCGCCGUGACAUGGUACUUCCUAACAUACUACCCGGCCAGCGGCGCCCAAUUCACCGAGUUCUCCGGCUCCAUGGUGGUGCCCACCCUCCCCAAGGCUGCCACCUACUACCUGUGGCCCGGCCUGCAGCCCACCGAUAACACGGGCGUGUACCAGAACGUGCUGGACGGCAGGUCCGGGACGUGGUACUUCGGCUCCGGCUGGUGCUGCAGCAACCCGUCGCUGGCCUGGGGUUCCGGCUUCAACACCUACGCCGGCGAGACCAACACGUUCCGCAACGUUAGGGUCGACGGCACCAACUGGCAGUCGACCACCGUGCACGGCAGCACAGGCACGACCAAGACGGACACAUUCCCGCUGAGCUCCAAGAGCUUCAACCAGGCCAUAUUUGCUAUUGAGCUGUACGACGUCCCGUGGAACUUUGGCGCGCUCACCUUCAAGAACGUCAAGAUCGUCGCGACGGGCAGCUCGAGCUCCUCGUGGUGCACGUCUAGCCCGAGCAACUACAACGGGGCGACGAAGUAUACCAUCACUGGCGCGAAGGCUUCCGUCUCGGGCACGACAGUGACCUGCACGAUCGACUCUGUCGUCCUGUCGGGCCCGGCCUAA